CGGCGGGACGAGGGCCGUGCGCGCGCAGCGGUCCUGGGCGGAGCGGAAGACGCGUGGAGCCGUGCGAGGACCCGCAGGUUGUGCAGUGCAUCUAUGAUAUGUGUUUUAGAAAUAAAAGUUAAACUUCGGUUUGAAUGAAAAAUGUCUCUCAACACACCUAUAUUUCUCAAAGAAAGGGAAGAAGAUAAUUCAAAAUUUGUGGAAAUACAACAGUCACAAACUACAUCCAUAGCUGCAGAAGAUCCUCUUCAAAACUUAUGCUUAGCAUCUCAAGAAGUUCUUCAAAAAGCUCAGCAAAAUGGAAGAUCAAAAUGUCUCAAGUGUGGUGGUUCAAGAAUGUUCUACUGCUAUACAUGUUAUGUCCCAGUUGAGAAUGUACCUAUUGAACAGAUACCACGUGUGAAGCUUCCAUUGAAGAUUGACAUCAUUAAACAUCCAAAUGAAACAGACGGCAAAAGCACUGCUGUACAUGCAAAACUCUUAGCACCUGAAUUUGUGAAUAUUUAUACAUAUCCUUGUAUUCCAGAAUAUGAAGAAAAGGACCAUGAAGUUGCACUUGUUUUUCCUGGACCUAAGUCUGUUUCAGUAAAAGAAAUUUCUUUUCAUCUCCAAGAAAAGAUUCAAAAUAAUGUUGGAGGCAAAAAUGAUGACCUUGACAAGCCAUUCAUUAAACGCAAGAAAACUGAAGAACAGGAUUUGAAUGACAGCAAGUGCAAAGACACAACACUGAAAAAAAUUGUAUUCAUAGAUAGCACCUGGAACCAAACAAACAAAAUAUUCACUGAUGAGAGACUGCAAGGGUUGCUACAAGUUGAGUUGAAAACAAGAAAAACUUGCUUUUGGCGUCAUCAAAAAGGAAAGCCAGAUACCUUCCUUUCCACAAUUGAAGCCAUUUACUACUUUCUGAGCUACUGGUGACAUCUCUGCUGCAGGUGGCAAGAACUUGCCUUAGAAUGAAGCCAGCAAAAGAAAGCAGAGUGGAGAGAUAAAAAGACUGAGUCCUGAGGACAUCAUUUAAUCAUCUAAUCUAGCUGCUUGUGAAUGGAACCCUACUGUGCUGAAUAGCUUCUGUUUGCCCUCUGGAUCCACCCUCCACUCUUUCCCAUUCUGCUCUCUGCUCUGUGAGGUAGGUCCCCUUGACCACUGGCUUUUGCUUGGGAUCAGCAAAUGGAAGCACCGUAGGAGAUUGGAGGUUGAAAGGAAAAUGAAAUUGUUUAUUUAUUUCCCUUGCUCCUUUCCUGCCAGGUCACCAUGGGUUGGGUGUGUCCUUCGACUGAAGGUCAUCCUAUCAGGCAUCCCUUUCCCAGCAGUUAUUCCAGUUAACUUCAGGCCCAUGCUCCCUCCGUUUACCCCUUUUCACUUAUAUCGUAAUGAGUCCAGGGUAUUAAUAGCCCCAGCAUAGGUCAGUGUACCUUGCUGGUUUUCCUAAACCCUGCCUAUACCUUUGUAAAUAGUAAUUUUAUUAUAUUUUUCUCAAAUGUCCCCAUUUGAAGUUGCCCUCUUUCUGGGACACUGACUGAUAAAUUUCACCCAUGUGGGUGCUAGAAAUAACAGUACAUUUCCCAAAGUAUACUCAGUGGGACACGUGUUUUUAUGAAUAAAUGAGUUAUUGGUAAAAUUUGUUUGCUGCACCUUAUAUUCCCCUGUUAGAGAUUCAAAAGGCACAAAAUGAAAGUGCUGAAAAGUCCUGAAAUAAACAUUUUGAACUUUAUUUUAGUUAGUAUUUCUUAAACUUAUUUGAAUAAGUAAUGCCUGCUAACAUACUGUGGAAAUAGAACAUUUGAAACAUUGUAAUUUAGAGCAGUCCCUGAUUAAUAUAUAUGUGGCAGUUGAGGCCUAAAGAGAUUAAGUAACUUGCCUAUAAGGUCACACAACUAAUUAGUGGUAGAACCUUAUCUAGAAUCUAGGACUUCUGAUUUGGUUCAGUGAGGUCACCAUUUUAUUAUGCUUUUCAUUAAAAGGAAUAUAGAUUAUAUAAGGUUUGAACAUUAUUAGUCCCAUACUCUUAGCCAAAUAAACAAGCUGACUUGCCUAUUAGUUAAUAGGCAAUAACUGGCUAGCAGUUAUUUUUCAAGAAUGGAAUUAAAAUGUAUUUCUUCAUGUUUAGAACUUGACCUUGGGAACAGAAGAAGGCCUGAAUUGAUUUAAGCCGGCCUCAAGUUGGAUUUCUCUGGGCUAAAUUUGAAAUUUCCUGAGCCAAAAUCUAUUGCCAUUUAACUGGCUCUCCAAACCAACAAAAUAUAAUUGUUAAAAGGGAGAGGGGGAAAAAAAGAACUCAUUUGCCCCUAUCUUACAGCUGUCUUAAGAAAGAUGACCCAUAUACUCCAUAAGAGCC